CACUGGCCACGCGUUCGUUUUGUAGUAUAUAUGUUAGACAACAUUCUAUUGCUAGAACAUUCAGUUUGGUUUCUGAGUUCACAUUUUUAGGAAGCCCGCUGGGCCCCGCCACUUUUAAUACUAUUUUAACUGUUGAAAAAUCACUACAAAGAAAAUAUUAUUAUAUACAUGCAAGUACGAAAACAUUUGCAAAAAAGCAAGACUUUCAAACACAUGAAGUAGUGAUCCGAACGGAAAAACCGUUAAAAUAAUGAUCACGUACUAUUUUCAAAUGAAAUUUGAAAUUUUACAUUUACAUUUUACAUAAUUUUACGUUAAUUACAUUAACGUUGUAUGUAACAACGUAAUAAUUACAACGUAAUAAAAUAUAAAGUACUCACAGCGAAUUCACUUCACUUAUUAAACUUUAUCUUGCAAUGUCGGGUACCAACUGUUUGCAAGAUGUUGCUUCGACGGUAAACAAAACGCCAAUGAGCUAAAGUCGCGCUCAGCGAUUUACGAAACUUCCCGAGCCCGACACCGCCAGGUGGCGCCACAUAGCCAGACGUGACGUCAAUAAAAGUACGAAAACUGGUAUGAAAUCGACGGAAACGGAAAUGCUACUCUCAAUAUAAAGCUUCCAGUUACGGUCAAUAUUUUAAUAAUAAUUAUAAGACAUAAUCAAGUAUGGCCUCUUCAGUAUGGCCUUAUAGGUACCUACGACCCAGCGCCAGUUCUUGAAAAUAGCAGUGCAUUGUUAUUAUAUACCUACAGGCUACAGGGUGUCCCGUAAUUAAUGGAUAAUACGAACCGAACGAUUAUCACUGACAGGUAUAUUGGUGCCGAUAGACUGAUUUAAUGCUAGUCGCUCGGCCGGUGCGCCGUGCACACAUUUCAUACAAAUCGGUUCAGUAGGUAAGCCGCGAAAAGGUAACAGACAAACAGACAUACUCACUUUUGCAUUUAUAAUAUUAGUAUGGAUGAAAACUGUUUAUAUUUUAUUAUACCUACUAAUGUUACAUACUUACGGACUACUUAUGAAAUAAAAAAAUUGAUCAUGUCGAGUAGGUACUUAGGCUUAGUUUACAACGUUUCAAAACGUGAAGUCGAUCUGUUUGUAAUAACUUUACUACCAGUGUCCAACAAACGUUCUCUACGAUCCUGACGACGACGUAACGACCGACGGCGCUGGCCAAAGACGAGGUCCCCGAUGAUACUCUCAGACUCAGAUGCUUCUGCGUUCAGGCUGAUAAGGAUCAGGCGAUGCUUAUGUGCUCGCCCACGACCCGGUGAUACCGCUGAGGCCCCAUUAUGAGCCUAACGCACUUACACAUCAGAAAAAGAACCACAUCAUAUCAAAAAUGACGUGGGUUCUUUUUCUGAUUGUUUGAUCCAAUACACGCCUAUGUACAUAUUCCUUAUGCCGCAUCUCGCACUGUUACAAAUGGUUACAUGUUACAUCAGACGAUACAGACAGAUCCCGCUGACUGCCUACUCUUUAUAUUAAUUUACUCUUUGCCACAGAGAAGACAGACAGAAGCUGCCAAGCGUUGACGCGUGCCACGUGGACAUUUCGAAUAUUUAUUUUUUAUCAUUAUUUCUAAAUUAAAUUUACAUCAAAUUAAUUAAUGUUUCUAAACGGUAGUGUUUCUAGGGUCUAUAGUUUCAAACUGUACUUUUCAACAAAGAAGAACAUAUCCGCGACGCAACGCGUUCUACCGCUGCCCGGGCUUCGCCCUCGCCACGGCCGCCCCCCGCCGCGCGCUGCUGCUGGCCGCGGGCGCGCUGCUGGCGGCGCUGCUGGCGGCGCUGCUGGGCGCCGCGGACGCCGCUGACGACGGCGCCGACAGCGACGACGCGCCCUUCAUGGUGACGUACCGUCCCGCCGCAGACUGUGAUUGGGUUGUUAACUUAAAGAUAAGCUGGAAACUCAAUAUUAAUAUGGACACACUACACUGGUAAAAUGCUCAAUAGUAUAUAUCAAUAUCAAUAUAUCAAUGUACAAUAUAGGAAAAAAAAUACUUGCUUAAAAUUGCUAAUGCAGUCAUUCUUGAUGUUAAAAAAACCGGCCAAGUGCGAGUCGGAGUCGCGCAGCGAGAGGGGUUCUUACCAAUGUUGGCGGCUGAUCGGGGACGACGUUUAGUUCAUCGAGCGAGUUCGAGCUUCGAAUUGAUCUCUCUCUGUUUGUCACGAUAGUAACAGAAAGGUAGAGGUGAAUUCCAAACUAAAAAUCUGAAUGAAAAAUCCCGGAGAGUCGGGAGAUGACGAGACCCGUCCGCUGCCCGCAGAUGGUGCUGGUGCGCGGCUCGCGCGCGGGCGGGCGGCGCUGCGGCGCGGCGCUGGUGUCGCGGCGCACGGGUAUCAGCACGGCGCGUUGCGCGGGCGGCGCUCGCGCGCUGUGGGCGCUGGCGGGCGCGGGCGCGGGCGCGGGCGCGCGGCGGGUGGCGCGCGUGGCGCUGGCGGACGCGGGCGGGCCCGACCCCGCGCGCGACGUGGCCGUGGUGGAGCUGGAGGCGCCCUUCGGCGCGGCGGCGCGCGUGCGCCCCAUCCUGCUGGCGACGGGCGCGCCGCCGGCCGCCGCCCGUUGCCACGCCGUGCGCGCGCUGCCGGCGCCGGGCGGCGCGGAGCGCUACCGCGUGCUGAGCGUGCGGCGCGCGCCGGAGUCGCAGUGCGCGGCGCGAGUGGCGCGCUGGGCGGAGGCGCGCGAGAAUGCGCUGUGUCUGACGGGCGGCGCGCUGUGCGAGCGUGACUUGGGCGGUGGCGUCGUUUGCGACGGCAAGCUGUGCGGCGUGCUGAGCGCGGUGGGCGGCGCGGGCGCGGAGGCGGGCGCGGGCGCGGGCGCGGGCGCGGGCGCGGGCUGCGGCGACACGUUUGCGGCGCAGAGCGUGGCGCGCUGGCGGCGCUUCCUGCACUGCGCGCACACGCUGCGCCAGUGCGGCCGGCUUUACAGUGUCGUGUCCGGCAGCGGAGCGUGCGCCGCACUCUGCGUCGAGCGCCGCCUGCUGCCCGGCGAGCCGCCCGACGAGCCGCGCGCCGUCGCCCCCGUCGCCGCCGGCGCCGACGCGCGCGCUCGGAGCCCGGCGCCGACGUCGGCCGCCGGGACGCGCGCUCUGUUCGUCGCCGAGCGCGCGCCGGGACUGCUGUCGCCCGAGUUCGAGCCGAACCGCGCAGAUUUCCAGGCUGGCGAAUACGGCGACAACGCGCUCGACUACGCGGGAGACGACGUGCCGCCGCCGUCGCGCACGCCGCCGCCUCCGCUUCCGCCUCCGCCUCCGCUGCACUCGCUCCCGCCGCCGUCGCCGCGCCCUCCUGCGCGCCCGCCGCUCCGCCUGGAGGCGCGCGUCGCACCGGCCGCUUCCACGCUCGCGCGCGCGCACGCGCCCGUGCACUCGCCCGCGCCCGCGCCCGCGCCCUCGUCCCCGCCGGUCGCCGCCGCCGCGUCCGCUCGCCUCUCGCGCUUCCUGCGCACACUCUGCUGCUCUCUACCCUGCUGGAUCUCUUUAAUAUUUUUAUUUUAAAAAAUAAAAUAAAUCAUGCAACAGA